AUGGUGGCCUUUGUCUCAGAGGAUAACUUUCAUCACAGUUCAAACUCCACCUAUAGAACUGCAAGCAGCUCUCUCUGUGCAGACCAGGAAGCACUGCUCGAGAAGCUGCUGGACCACUCACCACCCAGCCUGCCGAGGCCCAAGGACCGCUUCAAUGGUGCCUACAUCAUCUUCUUCAGCCUGGGCAUUGGCAGCUUUCUGCCAUGGAACUUCUUUGUCACUGCCAAGGACUAUUGGAUAUUCAAAUUUCGCAACUGCUCCAGCCCAGCCCCAGGGGAGGAACCUGAGGACUUGGACAUCCUGAAUUACUUCGAGAGCUACCUUUCCAUCGCUUCCACCCUGUCCUCCGUGCUGUGCCUCGUGGCGAACUUCCUGCUUGUCAACAGAGUUCCAAUUCAUGUCCGCGUGCUGGCCUCACUGACUAUCAUGCUGGCCAUCUUCGUGGUGAUGACCGUGCUAGUGAAGGUGGACACCUCCUCCUGGACCCACAACUUCUUUGCUGUCACCAUCGCCUGCAUGGCCAUCCUCAGCGGCACCUCCACCAUCUUCAAUAGCAGCAUCUUCGGCAUGACGGGUUCCUUCCCUAUGAGGAAUUCCCAGGCACUGAUAUCAGGAGGAGCCAUGGGUGGCACCAUCAGUGCCGUGGCCUCCCUGGUGGACCUGGCAUUGUCCAAUGAUGUGACGGACAGCACCCUGGCCUUCUUUCUGACUGCGGACGUCUUCCUCGGGCUCUGCAUUGGGCUCUACCUGCUGCUGCCCCGGCUGGAGUAUGCCAGGUACUACAUGAGGCCUGUUUGGCCGGCCCACGUGUUUUCUGGUGAAGAGCAGCCAUGCCAGGACUCCCCCAGUACCCCUUUGGUGGCCCCGAGGCCCAGCUUCUCCCCAACGCCACCUCUCUGUCCCAUCCUAAAGAAGACAGCUGGCCUGGGCUUCUGUGUCAUCUACCUCCUCUUCAUCACCAGCGUCAUCUUCCCCGCCAUCUCCACCAACAUCGAGUCUCUUGAUAAGCGCUCGGGCUCGCCGUGGACCACCAAGUUCUUCGUCCCCCUCACUACGUUCCUCCUGUUCAACUUUGCUGACCUGUGUGGCCGGCAGAUCACAGCCUGGAUCCAGGUGCCAGGGCCCAGAAGUAAGGUGCUCCCUGGGCUGGUGCUGCUCCGGACUGGCCUCGUCCCCCUCUUCGUGUUCUGUAACUACCAGCCCCGCGUCCACCUGCAGACGGUGGUCUUCCUGUCCGACAUCUACCCGGUGCUAUUCAGCUCCUUGCUGGGGCUCAGCAAUGGCUACCUCAGCACCCUGGCCCUCAUCUACGGGCCUAAGAUCGUGUCCAGAGAGCUGGCUGAGGCCACCGGAGUGGUGAUGUCCUUUUACAUGAGCGUGGGCUUGGUACUCGGUUCAGCCUGCUCGGCCCUGCUUGUGCACCUCAUUUAGGAGGGGGCAAUGGCCAGAGGAUUGGUGCUUCCCCGUGCUUGGGGGCUCGGUGAGAUAGGCAGGAUCAGCUGUGAGGGCUCAGGCACCAUGCAGGGAACAUGCAGGGAGGGCUGGAGUUGGGCUCGGUGCAGAGAGCAGAGCACACCUGGACCUCAUCUGCCCCCGGGGAGCUGGUAACACGGGCUGUCUCUGUGGCAGGCAGAGACAUUGCAGAUACUUUAACAGAACACUCCUGAGACCUGAAGAAGACCAAAGACAUCUGAAUUAGACACAGUUACACAGGCACAAAGUGGGGAAUCUCUUCCCUAGCUGACAGUUACAUUGCGCCUUUCUGUAUAGCUUCCUGGGGGACUGUGUGGCCAGUGUUCGACUCAGUUAAGUGCCAAAACCCAGCCUUGCUCCUAGCAGCUGACAGCAAGAUGUGAGACUUCUCAGCCCUCCUUAACUGGACAGGUCUCCCUGGAAAAGAAGUCCCUGUGGGAUGGCCAAUCUUUAGGUCUAAGACCCAAGCCUGUGCAGACCCUGCUUUCUGUGGGUGAGAGAGCACCUACCAGCCAGACUGGACCAGCAGAAAGACAGGCCUUCCAGGAGCCCUUCAUUCCUUAAACUCGGGCUCCAGAAAGCUUCCCAGCACUAGAGACGAAGCAUGUCAGGCCUGUGUUUUCAAACAGGGAUCUUUAAAGUGGUCUAUGGGCUGGGUCAGGGCUGGUCAUUUGACAUUGAUGUUUACAACAUGGUCAUUGGUUCAAGGGCAUAAUAAAUACCUGGGUAUUUAAUGAACUGUC